AUGGAUAAUUGGCCUCAUAGUUGGCUCUGUCGAUGGAAAAUGGGUUGGCUUCCUGCUCGCCCAGUACCAUGCCAAUGUGGGCAUCCUCAUGCUUCUCGCCACCAUUUGCUCUCCUGUCUUUCCAUGGCCGAUCGACUAAAUGCCCCUCGCGGUGCCCAGCUCAAUCCUUUGGAUUAUAUGCUGAACCAACUUCCAACACUCCAGAAACCACCUCCAGCAUCCUCUCAACACCAGCAAGUGUAUCUACGAUGGGCCUCUUGGUGGCCUACAGUGUGCUUAAUUCUUUUUGAAAUGGAAUUUAUUUGUCUGCCUGAUGAAGGGUUCUCGCUUGUCGCAAGUGAUACGCGAGGUACUGAAUUGUUGGAAUGGUAG